AUGCCUUUCUCCUUCACAUUGAUGGAGAAAUGUUCCAACAAUAUGGCAGAAUACCAAGCCUUGAUAAUUGGCUUGGAAAUGGCUUUAGAGAUGCAACUCGGACAGCUUGAAGUUUUUGGAGAUUUUAGGUUGGUUAUUAAUCAGCUUUUAUCAAAAUAUGAAGUCCAGAAGAUCAAUUUAGUUCCUUACCAAAAGCAUGCGGCAAAGCUCUUGGAAAAAUUUGACAUGGUUAAUAUUAUUCAUGUCCCAAUGAAUGAAAAUCGACAAGCAGAUGCAUUGGCUAACUUAGCUAUUGUAUUGGCUAACUUCGAUAAAGAUAUCACAGUUAUGUCCAUUUCUCAAAAAGGGAUAAUUCCAUCAUGGACACUUGAAGAUGAAAUAGAAGUUCAUAAUAUCUCAGUUGAUACAACUGAAAAUGAGGAUUGGAGAUUCAUCUACUACAAAGAUACGCUUUAUCGACGUUCUUUUGAUGGCUUGUUUCUUCGAUGCCUAAGUAAAGAAGAAGCGGAUCAAGUAUUAGAAGAAGCCCAUUCCGGGAUAUGUGGUGCUUAUCAGUCCGGACCAAAACUUCACUUUCGGAUAAAAAGGAUGGGAUAUAUUGGUCAACCAUGGUGA